AGAGAAAACCCUGUCUAAACCCCCCAUCUCUCACAGGUAAGAAAAAGAAAUCUUAUCUCCAACGACCUCUCAAUUUCAAUUAUCUACUCCAUCAUCAUCAUCACUGCAACUAAAACUAACUGUCACACAAUUAAAAAUGGCAGCUUCAGUCCCUCACACUAUCUCUAUUCCUCGUACCCGCUAUUAUUCUUCCAUUUCACAUUUCAAUGAGCAGAUUCUUGGUAUAUAUCGCUUUGACACCAACUUCAACUGCCAUAGACGGGCAAAGGUGGUCUGUCAAGGUAUGUUGGCUCCAAGAAAGUUUAUGCAAAGACGGAAAAAGGUUGAAGUUUUUGAGGAUGCUGCUGAUGAAGAAGAUCAAAAGAGCUGGAGGAAGAUGAUGAAUGAAAUUGAUGAGGUUGGGUCUGCGGUUUCCGUGCUCAGGACGCGAAGGAUAAAGAACCAGCCUCUUCCUAAGGACCUUGUUCUUGGAACCUUAGUUAGAUUUAAGCAGCAAAAGAAAUGGAAUAUUGUUGCUGAGAUUCUUGAGUGGCUUCGAACUCAGCAUUGGUGGAGUUUUAAUGAAAUGGAUGCUCUGAUGCUGAUUACUGCUUACGGAAAAGAAGGGGAUUUUAACAGAGCGGAAAGGGUUUUUAGCUAUAUAAACAAAAAGGGAUAUCCACCAAGUGUUAUUUCUUAUACUGCUCUUAUGGAAGCAUACGGAAAAGGAGGCCAAGCCAACAAGGCAGAAGCAAUAUUUAGAAGAAUGCAAUCUUCAGGGCCUGAACCUUCGGCUGUAACUUAUCAGAUAAUACUUAAGAUAUUUGUCGAGGCAGACAAAUUUCAAGAAGCUGAAGAAAUUUUUGAAAGCAUUCUGACUGAUGAGGUUUCAUCUUUAAAACCAGAUCAACAGAUGUUUCACAUGAUGAUUUAUAUGUAUAAAAAGGCAGGGAGCAACGAUAAGGCACGGAAGCUAUUUUCAAUGAUGCCUGGAAGAGGACUUCAACAAACUUCAGUUACUUAUAAUAGUUUGAUGUCAUAUGAAGCUAAUUAUAAGGAGGUUGCAAAUAUAUAUGAUCAAAUGCAAAGAGCUAAGGUGCGACCUGAUGUUGUGAGCUACGCUCUACUCAUUAGUGCUUAUGGGAAAGCCCGAAGGGAAGAAGAGGCUUUGGCUGUUUUUGAAGAGAUGCUAGAUGCUGGUGUGAGGCCAACUCAAAAGGCAUAUAAUAUUUUGCUUGAUGCUUUUGCAAUAUCCGGAAUGGUGGAGCAGGCGAAGAUUGUUUUCAAGAGCAUGCGGAGGGACAGAUGUACCCCCGAUUUAUAUUCAUACACAACUAUGUUGUCAACGUAUGUGAAUGCAUCUGACAUGGAGGGAGCUGAGAAAUUCUUCACAAGAAUAAAGCAAGAUGGGCUUAUACCUAAUGUUGUGACAUAUGGAACUCUAAUAAAAGGUUAUGCCAAGAUAAAUGACCUUGAAACGAUGAUGCAGAAAUAUGAGGAAAUGCAGUUACAUGGUAUUAAAGCCAAUCAAACUAUUUUCACUACAAUUAUGGAUGCUUACGGGAAGAAUAGAGAUUUUGGGGAUGCAGUGAUUUGGUUCAAAGAGAUGGAAUCUUGUGGGGUUGUUCCUGAUAAGAAAGCGAAAAAUAUUCUUUUAUCCUUGGCUAAUACAGUUGAAGAAAAAGCAGAAGCUAAUGCAUUAGUUGGACAAACUGAUCAUUUAAGUGAUGAACUUCCACUUGGUAAUGUUAAUAUUCGUUUUGAGGAUGACGAUGAUGAUGACGGUGCCAUUGAUGAAGAAGAAGAUGAUGACGACGAUGAUGAUAGUGAUGAAGAUGAGGAGAAACUUUCUUUUAUAGAUGAAAGGUCGGUUCCAGUUGGCAUAUAAUGAGGUAAUAGGAUCACACAUGCUUUACUGUUGUGAAAAUUUUGGAGUUAGAAUUAUGUAUCUGUGUAUAUUUCUAGGAAAUUACUGGGGACGUGUUAAUGAAUAUAAGACGAAGGUUUCAGCCCUUUGGUUGUAAUUUAUGGGGUGGAUGCCCAUGAUGCAAGUUUUUAUCCUAGUAAAAUCAAGUCAUAUUACCCUA